UUUCAGGCAAAUAACGCACGUUACGGUUGCUCAGUGGGUGACCGCAUCCAACAUUCAAGGUUUGGGCUGAGAGCAGGAGAAAAUCGAUGGUUUCCACUCGGCUUGUUUUGAGAUUUGUUAACCACGCGAUGUUCGAUUCAUGCUGAGUUGAAAAGAAAGAACGAAAAACUCUCCCUUAAAGCCACGGCUCGGUUCGGUGGUUAAAGCACCACUGCCCAGUCCUGACUAGCACUUUUCCCUUUGCGCCUAGGCGGGGCGCUGGUCCCCGCCCGUGAACACGGACGGAGCUGGCGACAGGUGCACGCCUGGGGCUGGCCUGGCUUUCGUGCUCACUUGCCAGCGGUGAGAAAUGGGCUUCCGAUGUGCCGGGGCCAGUCAUUCGAUUAGACUUUGAAAAACGGCUGCUCUGAACAGGGGCCAUAUAAGCUCCGCGGGGAGCGCAGGGGCCAGUGGAGCCGAGCUCAGCCCGGCUCACGCCUCGGAGCAGCGGCAGCUCCCGGCUCUGCCCCCGGCCGCAGAACAGCCCGAGCGGAGGCUCCUGCUGCCCCCGCCUCGCUCGCCGCCCACCAUGGGCUGCGGCCAGGGCGCCUCUCUCCCGGCUCCUGCGGGCAGCGCGCCCGAGCCCCGGCCCCGGCCCCGGCCCCAGCCCCGCGCUUAGCCGGCGCCAUGGGGGGCGGCUGCGAGAACAGCAGCGCGCCCAGCGGGGAGGGCGAGGCGUGGGCGGGGUCCCCGUGCGACGAGCGCCUCUGCAGCUCCCUGCCGCUGCCCGCGCUCAUCCCGGUCACCGCCGUGUGCCUCGGCCUCUUCGCGGUGGGGGUGGCGGGGAACGUGCUGACCGUGCUGAUCCUGCGGCGCUGCCGGGAGCUGAAGACCACCACCAACCUGUACCUGGGCAGCAUGGCCGUGUCCGACCUGCUCAUCCUGCUGGGGCUGCCCUUCGACCUCUACCGCCUCUGGCGCUCCCGGCCCUGGAUCUUCGGCCAGCUGCUCUGCCGCCUCUCCUACUACCUGAGCGAGGCCUGCACCUACUGCACCAUCCUGCACAUCACGGCGCUCACCGUGGAGCGCUACCUGGCCAUCUGCUUCCCGCUCAAGGCCAAGGUGGUGAUCACCAAGCGCCGCGUCAAGGCGGUGAUCGGGGCCCUGUGGGCCUUCGCCCUGCUCUCGGCCGGGCCCUUCUUCUUCCUGGUGGGCGUGGAGCAGCGGGACAACCAGACCGACUUCAGCCGCGAGUGCCGGCUCACGCCGCUGGCCACCGAGUCCGGCCUGCUGGGCAUCAUGUUGUGGGUCACCACCAGCUACUUCAUCCUGCCUGUCCUCUGCCUCAACGUGCUCUACGGCCUCAUCGGCAGGGCGCUGUGGAGGAGCAAGGUCCGGCCCCAGGGCCCCAACGCAGCCCUCAGGGAGAAGGGGCACAGACAGACCAUCAGGAUCCUGGCUGUGGUGGUUCUGGCGUUUAUAAUUUGCUGGUUGCCAUUCCAUGUGGGCAGGAUCAUAUUUAUAAACACUCUGGAUACCAGCAUGAUGCUUUUCUCCCAGUACUUUAAUAUAUUCGCUUUGCAGCUUUUCUAUCUGAGCGCAUCCAUCAACCCAAUCCUCUACAACCUCAUUUCAAAGAAAUACAGGGCAGCCGUCUACAAACUACUGCUCCCACGCAGAUCUGGAGAAAGGGCUUUCAGUGCUACCCGAGAUACUGGUGGUUACACUGAGACCAGCACUAGCAUAAAAAAAGAGUAUGUAACCCACUUCUGAGACUGCUUCACGGAUGGACUUCUAGAGAGAGAAUCUAUAAAGGAAGGGCAGUAAUUUCUAGCAUUAUAGUCAUAAGAGACUAGAUUUUUGUUUUGCUAUUUGUGGAGUUUUAUAAUUCUUUGUACUGUAUUUUUUCUUACUACUUGUAUUGUUCUGUUAACAGAGAAAAUGACUAGGCAACUUAGAAUCGUGAGACUGGCCUAGAACUAGUGAAAGGCAACAAAAUAGCAAAGGGCAAGGUGACAUCAAUUACCUAGAAAACCCCAUUGUUAACUUAUUACAUGUCAAUCGGUAAAAAUUGCUAUGUGCAAUGUUUAGGACGGUCUGUGAGAGACAGUGCCAAAUAUUGAGGUUCUUCUGUUUGGGUUUGAUAGCCAAGGAACCUCCAAGAACACCCUUGCCCUUUUGAAAUUGAUUUCUCAUUAACAAGAUCUUACAAAUUAUAAGGCCCAACUGCAAGGAGGUUUGUGCAGGUGCAGGGGUCCAUCCAUAUGAGUGUCCUGCAAGAUUGGAGUUUAAGAUUUUAGGGUCUAAUUGUGCAAACCUGAGUAAUUUUACUCACAUGACUAGUGUCACCAAGCUCCCCCAAGUAAAGUUGCUCAUGUGCAUGCUUGUUUCUAGGAUCAGUCCCUUAGGCAUGACCUGUACAAUUUAAGGCGUCUCUAAUAUAUAUAAUAUGGACCAAUCCUCUGUAAUAAUUUUAAUAGCAGUGUUGUUCCUUAUUAAAUAUAUACAAUAAUUAGCUCACAUUAGGUUAACUUUCUACUUGUGACUGAGACCACAAAUUUUAAACCCAGACUAAAACAAGAUGCUUUAGUGAGGAAUGUGGUGGAGUCAGGCAAAGCUGUAGGAAGACAAGGUAUCGUUAUCUACGGAAAGUCAAAGCAUAUUGCUUAUACAUGAAGAGCCAAAUUCUUCUUUCAGUUACAUUGAUGUAAAUGUGGAACAACUCCACUGAAACCAAUGGAGUUAAGCUGCAUUCACAUCAGCGUAAUUGAUCACAUGGCUAUACUUUAAGUUAUGUUUUAACACGUUAGUUAACCCAUGUUAACUACCGUGGUUGUGUAUCCUUAGUGUAGUAACAUGUGUGUGUCCUGUCUACACUAAUGUUUACAAUGGUAUGAGUGGACAUGUUAAAACAUGACUCAAAAAUUCCAGCACAGACUUCCCCAGAAAGCAGCGUUUGACUCAAACCCUUCCCAGGCGUUAAAAUUCUCAGACAAAACAGUUAGUUUAACGAAAGGGAGCACUGGCUGGCUAGAGGAAAGGCCACGGGGCAGAGGAGCCAGUUAGCUCAUGGCAUGCCAUACACAUACAGCCUUUGCCUUGCAGCAACUUCGCACCCCUGCAAGGCUGGAUUUUUUGCCCUUCAAAAUGUUAAAUUAACAACAGAACAAAGAAUAGUUGCUAGUUUGUGGGUUUGAUAGAACACGUCAUUUUGUCCUGUGAACUUUGUAAAUAAAUAGAGGUAUAUAAAACAAAGCCUUGUGACACUGAUUUGUGAGCUUCACAAGAUGAUACUAAUUUGUCUAAUCUAGAUCGGAUAAUCCCACAUUGUGGCCUGCUGAGAGCUGGCGGGUUACAUGGUGCUGGCGCCUCCUUUCCAUUUCCACUUGCUAAAUGUUAUUGAAAGACCUGCUAAAAGCACUUUAAAUGCUUCCUCGGUGUUACUUUUCCUUGUGAGCAAUUCCUGUAGCUUCCACAGGGAUAUUACAUGAUCAUAGGUAGGAGGAGGAGAGGCCCUGCUGAACACAAACAAGAGGGGAGGUCCCCCACGUGAUUAUGAAUAGAAUGGAAAACCAUCCACCAGACACACCCUAUAUAAAAUGUGCUCCUCACUUUGAAGAAGUGGCAGCAGCUCCGUUCUGUCUGAUCUGUAGCAUUUAUGGCACCCCAGCCACUGUAAUGUCAGCAUAACCCGUUAGUGCUGGGACACUGCAUUCCUGCUCCAUAUUAGCUGCUGGCAAGCUAUUUAGAAGUUGCCUUGUUUCUUACUCAUGGUACACCUUGGGCUG